AUGUUCAACCUUCCGCCGGACAAACAGAGGAACCCAGGCUUCCACGCAGACAGCUAUGGCUUCAAUGGCCAGCCUUGGUCGAGGUUCGAUUUCGGCCAAGCGACCAUGUCGUCGUCUUCGGGCUUCUCCGCUGAACAAGCUCACGAUGAAAGACAGGACUUUGGCGGCAUGGGAGGGAUGGAGUGGGCGCCGACGCCGUCUAGUGUGCAACCUGACUAUUAUCAGGGCCAUCAGCAACACCCAGGGGAUACCGACAUGGAGUUGGAGGCUCUGAGUUCCCCUCAUAGCGGCGGAGGAGUUGGUCGCUUGGUUGCUCACUUCGAGAAUAAGGGCUUCAAUCCGUUUGAAAACAGGUCGCUCGCAUCCGCUCCACCCCUUCCGCCUAGGCCUUUAAAUGCAACCGUCAGUAUGAACAACCACACGGAUGGCAAUGACCAGCGUCAUCAUCAUCAUCAUCAGCAGCAGCAGCAGCAGCAUGCAGCCCAGAGCCCGUCGAUAAGCAUGAACAGCUUCCAGGCCAGCCUCAGUUUUGACCCAUUAUCGUCGUACUGCGGAAACGGAGUGAGUGGCGGAGGAGGAGGUAGCAGCCCGUCUUUCGACUCCAACAGAAUCGCAAGCCCCGUUACCGCGUCCGGCGAGAGCUGGGGAGGCCCGUUUCCCUCGUCACACAGAGUAACAAGCCCGGCAGCCAUGAGCCCGACUUGCAUGGCGUUUGGUAGUUACCACGAUGGCCGAGUUGCCAGCCCUGGAGCUGGUCCGUCUCCAGCGCCGUUUGGGAGUUUGGAUGGCUUCAUGCCUGGUAACCGAAUGCGGAGCCCCGUGGCCCACCAGCCUGACAUGGCCUCUUCCCCGUUGGUGCCGUCGCCCGUCACUCCCAACUCGGCCGCUCAUCAGAAUACGCCCGCCAUAGGCGGCACUCCAGGCUUCGAGAUCUGGCGGCCUCCCGGAUCCGCCGAUACAAAAUCAUUGAACCGAAACCUGUCCAAUGCGUUGGGAAGUUCUGCCAACCCUUCCAUUGCGGGUUUCAGGAGCAGCAGCAGCCGCCGCGGCACCAGCAGCAACGGUGCCAUCCCAAACCACGCGACCACCUCUCCAGCUGCCAGCAACAACAACCACGUCUCCGCCACCAAUAGCGCUGGUUUCUUGAAACCACCCGUGCCAACCACGCCGAAACCUCACAUCAGCGUCGGCAACCAAUUCAUCCUCGAGCUGAACCCAAUCACAAAGGCCAAAAGCAGGGCCUCGACGAAACCACCACGACCACGAGUACCUCCACCAAUACCGCUCCCCUUUGUGCCCGAGAUCAAGCAAGAGCCCGAGACGCCCCGGCCGCUGGAGAUGACGCCUUCUUGCCCGGCAGAGGUGAACGGCCUUUCGUGUCCAUUUCCGGAUCAAAAGCCUGCUUCCGCUUCUCUCCGAGGCCAAAUUGGAACUCGACCGUCCCGAGAGCAGGUUCCUGCGGAGGCCUGGGAGCAUUUUAAAGGCAUAAUUAGGGCACUGUACUUGGAAGAGAGGAAGCCGUUGAAAGAAGUCAUGGCCAUCAUGGCAGACAAGUACAGUUUUCAGGCAACGCCCAAGAUGUACAAGACCCGGUUCUCGCAGUGGGGCUUCGUGAAGAACAACACGGAAGAAGAGGUGAAGCGACUGCUAUCAAUGAAGUUCCAGCGCGACGCCGAGGGCAAGGUUUCGGAGUUCGUCCGCAAUGGCCGAGUUGUGAACUUGGGGACGUACCUCAAACGAAAGGGCGUAACCGAGUACGACUUGGUUGAUUUUGAGUUACCUGCUGAUCUUCCGGCUCAUGUGCGCUGCCGCACGCCAACGCCUCCUCCCGCUCCAGGAUAUCUGCGAUCACCCGACUUGCUCCGUGCGCAGGAGCUCGUUGUCAGCAACAUGCGCAAGGCCUUCCUACACUGCCGGCAAUUCGAAGAUGAAACCGAGGCACGCAUAGGCUGGCCAGUCACCAUGGUCUGGGGCGCCGGCUCCAGUGAGCUACUGCUUGAAGCCAACUUCUACUUUGAAGCUCAGGACGCAACCCAGGGAGGAAACCUCUUGAUACACGCUUUCCAGCAGCUGGAGGUCGACCUGAAGAAGCUGACACCUUUAGGCAUCAACGAACUGUUGCUGGGGAUGGUGCACCGAGACCCAGGCAUGAUGACGGCUCUUUGCAAGUAUCUGGCUGCGUACUCGACCACAAACUUUGAACGAUCGCACCCACUUCGGCAGAUAUUCACUUGCUUGUACGAGAUUCAGCAAAAGCAUGGAUCGAUGACCGUUUCCGAGUUGCUGUGGGGAAGCAUGCCGGCCAUUGCAGAGGAAUUGGAAACGAUAUACCAACGACAUCAUCCCUACGUCGCCAGAACCUGGAUAGAUCUCGCGCUGUUCUAUAACCACGUAAACGUAGAGCAAUUCGACAAGCUGGUGUCGGAGCUGCGACUUCAGCAACAUCAAGUGGAGCAGCGCUAUGGAUUGAGCAGUGCGGACGCUCUCGCUUUACGCUAUGCGAUUCUGCAAUCGCUGUACGCAGCGAACCCUCGGUCGGAAGCCGUACGACAGGCUGCUCACGACACGUGGAAUCACAUGAGAAGGGCAAACGUGGUCUUUGGACUGCGUGACGCGAAAGCCAACGUGUACUGCUACCAUUGCCCGGUCAAGGUUGAUCCGUGGACUAAGCGAUGUCGACGACGAUAUGACUCCGGGGUCGCCAUUCUAGAGCAACACGUCGGAGUCAAGAUUCAGCCCUACUUUGAAGAGGACUUCCACCAUGCCGUCCAUGUUCCUGAUGCUCAAGAGGCAUGGUCGUCGGCCUUGGACCACAUGGGCUCCGGAAAGUAUGCCUUUAUUUGA